GGGGAGAGGCUGAAUAGCGGUUGCCGGCCAUUUUGUGAGCGACCGUCGCCGCUGUCGUGCCCGUUCGUCCUCUUCCCCGCCCCGGGUCUCUUCCGCCGUCCAGGCCUCGGCCGCUUUGGCAAUUUCUCUUUUUCUCACCCCCCCCUUCUCUCACUGCUGAGCCUGACAGAGCCCCGGGCGAACCCAGCCGCGGCCUUUUCCCCCCGAGCAGCGCCCAGCCACAGAAUCGCAUGUCCACUAUCCAGAACCUCCAAUCCUUCGACCCCUUUGCUGAUGCAACUAAGGGUGACGACUUACUCCCGGCAGGGACCGAAGACUACAUUCAUAUAAGGAUCCAACAACGAAAUGGGAGAAAAACUCUAACUACUGUUCAGGGAAUUGCAGAUGACUAUGACAAAAAGAAACUUGUGAAAGCUUUCAAAAAGAAAUUUGCCUGUAAUGGUACUGUGAUUGAGCAUCCUGAAUACGGGGAAGUGAUCCAGCUGCAAGGUGACCAGAGGAAGAACAUUUGCCAAUUCCUCCUAGAGGUUGGCAUUGUUAAGGAAGAGCAGCUGAAGGUUCAUGGCUUCUAAAAUGUGUGUGCUUACAUGAAGAACUCUGCAGGUUUUGUUCGUAACCAAGCUGGCUACUCUGUGAAAUAUGAUUCUUUGCAGUAAAUGGACUUCCCAUUCAAAACCUGAUUUGCUUUUGCAUGACUACAGAAAACAUAUGGAGUGUAGACUAGAAACACAUAAGAAAAUUGCAGUAAGAUGGUAACAAAAAAAUCCUUGAGAAUUUUAACACAUUUCCAAUGGAAAUGUUUUACUGCUGAUAGUUCAGUGUAUUACUUUUCACCUGAUUUAAGUGUUGUAUUAAAACCAUGUGUAUUGCAGCUUAAAUAAAAGUCUCUUAUCUUACCUUUGAGUAUUUAGUGUCCAUCAACUAUAGCCCUCAGUGUACUGGUUUUAAGAGGUUUAGCACCAGCUCAAAUAUUUGGGAGGUAGGUAAAAUCUCAGAAGAAAGAACUGACGUAAACACAAUUACCUGAGGCUUUGAAGGGAUUUCAAAGCGAUGUGAGGUUGGGGUAUAACGCAAAUCAUAUUGACUAUUGCUUGCUCAUAUCACAGUUGUGUACCAUUCAUUUGGUAAGGGGUGGUUUAAAUCCUACCACUUGGCCUGUGAGGUGCCUUGGUUUCUAGGUUUCUGUCGUGCUAGGCUUUAGGCUUCAUGCUACUAAUAACGGCUGAAGCGUCAUCUAUC